AUGAGUGAUAUCGUCAGCCUGCCCGCCGACAAGGAACGUUCGACUGUUGUCAUGGAUAAGACAGAUUACACGAUGAAACUGCAAAGUCUAUUGGAGGACGAAGGUGCCUAUGAGCUUUUGGAGACUGGAGAGUUCAAGAAGCACCUGAACAGCGUAAACAGGGCGAUAGACAAGUUGUGGAAGGCAGGAGUCCUCAAAAGAAAGGAGGCAUUGGCGGCAAAAGCCACAGAUGAGCCACGGCGCGUUUCUACGGCCUGCCAAAAGUGCAUAAAGCAGGAGUCCCCCUACAAAACCAUAGUCUCCUUACGCGGCACCCCGACCCUUGGCCUCUCGAAAUGGCUUUAUCUACGGUUUCGUUUCCUCACCGAGGACUCGGAAUGGACUGUGAAGUCGGCUGAACGACUGGUCUUCCGUUCGUACUCCCCAAAAUUAUGGGCCAGAUAUGUCGACGACACAUCUGUCGUAAUCAAGAGGAACGGCGUUCAGGACUUCAAGGUUUUACUGAACUCAAUAUUCCCCGACAUCCAAUUCACAAUGGAAGAGGAGAACAACAACCAAUUGUCCGUUGUCGAUGUAAAUGUUGCAAGGACGGCCAGUGGGAGGAUAAGAACGGCCGUCCCGGUUUAUAUGGACACGGCCCCUGCGUAUGUCGCCAUAGCUGAGGCAAAUGACAACGGCGGCGAUAUAGCCGGCUUACCGAAGGCAAAAAAGCUAAAAUGCUUGUAUUCCAAAUGCGCAAAGUCUGCUAUCUAAAUUUCCCGGGUUCGAACUUCAAUUGAUCCACACUUGGGGCUGGGUAUGACUGGCUAAUGACGGCUAAUAAACCAGAAAUGGCCACUCAGGUCUCCCUUGUCUUUGUCGGUACCACCUGAGUUACAUCUACUAGUAGUCGCUGUGAGACUGCCUGCUAGGGUUCUAGUAUGAGUCACAAGGCACAACGGAUCGAGCAUCUUCCGUAACCUGAUUUGUGAGCGCCCACUGUCAUAAUAUAGGCAAAAAAACCACAAGCACACCUACUGAACAAACAUCGAUACGUAAGGUAGCUGUGGAGUAAGCCUGUGGCCGCCUAUUUGGCCCCUGCCGAAUUUAAAACAUAAAAGAAAUAUUAUAGGUAGUGUUGUGUUGUUUAGAAAUGUCGAUUUAUUUUGAAAAGCGCAAUAUCCCGAAAUCGUCAGACUAAAGACUUCUCUAAUAUCGACGAAGUGUAUUCCAAUGCAUCUCUCGGGAAAAGUGACCAUAUUACGCUACUAUGGGAUUAGUCGCUCUUCUCUCAACGCCCGAAGAGAUCAAAAGGCCAACCUAAUAUAUGAAAGGCAGGUUUCAACACUAUGUCCGUGAAUUGGGACCGUUUUCUCGGGGUAUAUCCGGAGGACGACUGGAGAUCUUUUAGGACGAUUUCACUCGAUCUAACUCAGCGCUGUUGUCCACCUGAACUACAAAAGCAACUAGUCGAUCUGCUUGGUUAACUAGGCACCUAAAUUGGCGGAUGAAAAGAUGGAAAAUAUUCCGGGAAACUGCGUCACCUGCGCAUUUCGAAGAAUUUCGUCAUCAAAGAAACGCAGUCAAAAAUGUAUCCAUCAGGCACGGAAGGAAUAUGAAUCCAAAAUUAUCCGACAGGCUGAACAGAAACUCCAGAUUUUAUUUCACUAUCUUAACAGUAGACUGAAAAACAAGGACCCGGUCGCAGUACUGAGGGAUGAUAAUGGUGUACAAAUAAUUGAGAACAGGGGGAAAGCCGAACACUUAGGUCGGUAUUUUGCCUCAGUUUUUACUAGGGAAACAGAGUUUCGUAGUCACAGUGCCAGCAAUGCCGUUGAGACCGCUGGUCCCGUGCUGGACUCCAUACUGAUUCUGACAGCUAUCGUGGAAAUGGGGCUGGAAGAUCUCAAAGAUGCAAAGUCCUCGGGUCCGGACAAUAUACCGGCCAAAUUCUUGAAAGAAUUGGCGAACGAACUCCCCAAACUACUGGUACACAUCUUCUGCUCGUCAUUCGAAUUAGGGAGGCUGCCAUCGGAAUGGAAGAUAGCAAAUAUCUUUCUGAUAUACAAGGUCGGGGCUCGCACUAAUCCUAACAAUUACCGGCCUCUUAGUCUCACCUGCAUCUCCUGUAAAAUCAUGGAGGCCAUAGUUAAGAAAGCGACAAUGAACUUCCUGGAGCAGAACCACCUACUCUCAGACCUGCAGCACGGCUUCAGACAGAAGCGUUCGUGCCUUUCCAGCCUAUUGCCCUCGACGGAGCAGUGGACUCGCGCACUGGACGAGGAUGGUAGGGUCGAUGGCAUCUACACGGACUUCAAGAAGGCAUUCGACAGCGUCCCACGCAAACGCCUAAUCUACAAACUUUCUGAAAUCGGGAUAAGAAGAAGGCUGCUGACAUGGAUAACAGAUUUUCUUACAGGCAGAUCACAAACUGUGUGCGUUGAGGCCUCGAGGUCAACUCCUACCCCCGUUCUAAGUGGUGUACUCCAGGGCUCCGUCUUAGGGCCGUUGCUAUUCCUGGUUUACAUUAACGACUGCGUCGACGACCUGGGAUGCAGCGCCAUCAUGUUUGCUGACGAUGUUAAGCUGUGGAGAGCCAUCACAUCUGACGCAGACAGGUACGCGCUUCAAGACAGUCUCAACCGCCUGAACAGUUGGUCAGCUCGUUGACUCCCUAAUUUUAAUGUGGACAAAUGUGUGGUCCAGAGACUCCGCACCGAAAAGACCACUAAGGAGGACGAUUCCUUUCAAUACGUCCUGGGUGGGCAGCCCCUUUCAAAUGUCGUGGAACAGAAGGACCUCGGCGGCAAGGGUGUUAUUUGCGCUGAGGCGAGGAUUUGUGAAGAUCGAUAAAGAGCUGUUCUGAAAAACCUAUGGGGCAUUCGUCCGGUCUCAUUUAGAGUAUGCAGUCCAGGCCUGGCGACCGUGGUUGAAGGAAGACUAUCAACGACUGGAAAGAGUACAGGCGGUGGCUACGAAGAUGGUCAAGAAUCUUAAUAAUCUGCCUUACGAAACCAGGUUGACCGAACUAAAUUUGUUUCCUCUCAAUUACAGGCCACUGCGCGGCAGGAUUGUCAGAGGCCGUGAGUUCGCCCUAGACUUUGAUGAUUUCUUCGAAUCGGCCGGAACCGACCGUCCACGAGGUCAUCCCUUCAAACUGCAGAAGGAGCUGGCUCAUUCGGACGUCCGACGGAACGCCUUCUCUCACAGGUUCAUUGGAGCAUGGAAUGGACUGCCUGAUGGGGUGGUUCUUUCCGAAACUAUCGAAUCCUUUAAGUGUAGACUAGAUGCUCAUCUGUUAAGAAACCACUGUAUAUAUACUCAAACUGGUACUAGCGGUGGCUGUUUGCGCCUGGCUCACACUUACUGUUACCUUUUGAAUUUCCGCAUUUGCUGAUGUAAUUAUUGAUUCCAUUUCCUUUUAUCGACAUGAAUAGGGAGCUCAAGGGCGAAAGCCUUAUUCCCCUAAUAAAAUGACUUAAAUUGCUCAAGAGGCGGUAUGACGAGAUGAACGAGUCAGUGGAGCGGAGACAUCUAGUCCAACUCUUAAAUUUCUGUCUGAAGACGUACUUCACCUUCGAGGGGACCAUGUACGAACAAAUCAGAGGGACGCCGACGGGAUCGCCUCUUUCCGGCUUCAUCGCUGAGGCAGUUUACACAACUCAUAGGCCAGAGUUUUGGACUCUGUACGUCGACGACACCUUCGACAUCAUCAAGCGAGAAAUGAUCGAGGAAUUUUGCAAUGUCCUGAAUUCUGUUUUCCCGGACAUUCAAUUCACGAUUGAGGCGGAAAGCAACAACCAGCUGCCGUUUUUGCACGUUCUUUUCCAUCGAAAACCUAACGGGCACAUUAAAACGACGAUGCAUGGGAAGGCUACCUACACACGCCAAAUUACAGUAAACACCCGUAAUGCCACAAACGCAGCUGUGUGCGAACUCUCUACAGUACAGUAGAAACACUCUGCGGCGAACCGGAUGACAGAAGGACAGAGCUCCGCUACCCUCAGCGCCUUUUUAUGGCCAACGGAUACCCCCGUAACUACAUCAAACGCAGCAGGCAGCCUAAACCAGGUCAAAAUCGGAUGACAAAACGGCUCAGUAAUCAAUGCUGCUGCCUCAACCACUACGCCGGCAAACGGCUCUGCCCCGGCGACUACAGAGAAGAUCCCUGUGUGUAUGCGGGCGAUUAGCGCCAAAAUCGAUUAACGACUCCCACCGCAUAAUUAACACCAUGUUAACACGACUUUUAUCCAUCCCCCCUCUAACUACUGCGACGCCGUACGAUACUCACCUCCGAAGAUGAAAGCUUCAGUUUCAGUUUAUUUGAGGGAAAUAUAGGUGUUAAACCUUUGAACUCCCUAUUUGUUACAAGGAGGCGAACAAUAAAAAAAAACAAUUUGAAAAUGGAAACAUCGAACGGCUACAGAGUUUCUUCAGAUUGGCAACGUUUUGUAAACCAGACAGAUAAACGACUUGUUCCAAGAGUUAAAAACAUUAACGUUACUAAAUGUGCUGUACAGUAGUCUGUCUAGGGAUAGUUGGUGCUAUCUCAGUUUCGGAGGGAGACGAAUUGAAUGCCAACACACAUUCAACAGACAUGGAACAAUAUUAAAAAAAACGUUACUGAAAUACAGAAAGUAACAUAACAACAUUACUAAACUGUUCGAACGAAAUGCUAGACAAUCUGUCAGGUGGCAUUAUGACGAUUGGUGGCAAUCUGGUCCAAGUUACGCUUAAAAGCCUCGACGAAGGUGGACAUGACGACACCUGCAGGCAGAGCAUUCCAGGCCUCGAUCACUCUGUUUGAAAAGAAGAACUUCCGAGUGUCCAGCUUGGCGCCAGUUACGCGUAGUUUAAGUGGAUGACCUCGGAGGUUCGUUGUGGUCGCUAACUCAAAGAAAUCAGUAGGUACGAGACAGCAGUCCUGGCCGCGCAGUAUACGGAAUGUUUGUAUAAGGUCGCCUCUUAGCUGUCUGUAACUCAGUGGAAAUAGGCCGAGAUUGGACAAUCGGGUUUCAUAGGGUAGUGAACCCUGUCCACUUACGAGUUUGGUUGCCCACCUCUGAACUUUCUCAAGGAUGCUGAGAUCUUUAGAGGUCCAUGGUUUCCACGCCUGAAUAGCGAACUCUAGCUGUGGCCGUACGAAAGUCCGAAAGACUUUAACGAAGCAGUCUUCAUCGAAGGUAGAGAAAGCUCUCUUAGCAAGAUAAAGGACUGACAUCGCAGACUUGGCUACCUUGGAGCAGUGAAGCGGCGGUUUUAGAGAAGCCGUUACCCACACCCCCAAGUCUUUCUGGGCGUCUACCUCCUGCAAUGGUACGCCGUUUAGGUGGUAAGCCCUCCGGCUCAGAGAUCGCGUCCUGCCGACUCGCAGGACAUUACACUUAGUCACAUUAAACGGCAACAGCCAGUCCUGUGACCAUUUCUCGAGUCGGGUCAGGUCUGCCUGCAAGCGCUCUUCGUCAACUUCAGUUCGGAUGACGCUCCAAAGUUUAACAUCAUCAGCGAACAUGGCGACAUCACAAUUCAGUUCACUGAUGCAGUCGUUGACGUAUAUAAUGAAUAGGGUAGGGCCAAGAACGGAGCCUUGUGGAACACCGCUUUCAACCGCUACCUCCGCCGACUGCCUGUCACCGACGUGGACGAUUUGAGAGCGACCGAUCAAGAAACUUUGUAUCCACCUCAGGAGAUUACCCCUCAGGCCUGUUCGGUUUAAUUUGUACAGGAGACGCUGAUGGGGUACACUGUCGAAUGCUUUCUUAAAGUCGACGUAGACUGCGUGCACUGCAUUGCUGCCAUCGACUGCCCGGGUCCAGCGAUCUAAACAAUAUAGUAGAUUCGUCGCGCAUGAUCUGCCUCUUCGAAAUCCGUGCUGGGCAUCGCAUAGCAGAUUAUACUCUUCUAGGAAGUGCAUUAUUUCUCGCUUUAUUAUUUUCUCCAUAAUUUUGCAGCAAAUUGAAUUAAGGCUGAUUGGUCUGUAGUUGUUUGAUAAGACCUUGCUGCCGCCUUUAUAAAUUGGCGUGAUCCGCGCUGAUUUCCAAUCGGAGGGCAAAUAGCCUGCUUCGAACGAAGCUUGGAAGAGCAUGGACAGCGGUUUGGAUAGUUCUCCAGCAAGUUCCUUCAACAAUUUGGGCGGUAUGUCAUCCGGUCCAGGUGAUUUAGACUCAUUCAACUUCAACAGUUCUUUGCGAACAAUAGCUUCGGCGAAAGAGACGUGCUCAAUCGUUGGCCCGUCCACUAUGUCGCAGUCGGGAGGGAGAAAUGCGCCUUCCUUCGUAAAGAUGGACUUAAAGAACUGUGAAAGGUGCUCUGCCUUUUCUCCGUCUUCACUGAGUUCUAGGUCGUCACUAGUUUUCAAUAACGGGAUUGAGUCUCUGUUUCGUGUGCUUCUUCUUAUGUAACCAUAGAACAACUUCGGAUUUUCUGCGGCUCGAUUUAGUAGGUCUUUCUCAAAAGUACGCCGCGUCCCGAGGAUUAACCUCCUAACUAGGUUCCUCUGUGCUUUGUAUGCAUUUAACGACACAUAGCUCCUAUCCGAGAGGAAUUUCCUCCAUAACCUCCGCUUUUUAUUCACUUCUUUUUUUAAAGCUUGUGUUAGCCACGGGGGUCUGCAGUUUGGUUUCUUCCGUGAAAUAGGGCAGUGGUCUCUGAGAAUAACGUGCAGUAACUCACUACACGGGGAGCCGUAACAGUUCUCUCCCCCACACAAUGUCCUGAAUUCUGUCUCCCCUGACACCCAGUUCACAACGAAAGCGGAAAGCGGAAAGGAAAUUUUCGAUAUUUGCUUCCCUUUUGAUACUGUUAUGGUACGACCGGAUAGAAUUUCUUCCCCCUAUCUGAAAUCGUUAAGACGUAAAAAAGAACUCCUUUACAAGCUAGGCUUACGUGAUAACCUUAAGGACGUUACCGUCUUAAUAAAAACAGAGAUUGACAGGCUAAAUAGCCUGUUUGUCAGCAAACUUUUUUCCUCUUCCUAAUCCCCCCCUUUUCCCCCCUUCCUCAUCUGAGAUUUGGAAAAAUCUUAAGCAUCUCACUGGCCAUCGCAACACACUGGUGCAUGUGGAUGCAGAUUUAAACUCCCUAAAUAAAAAUUUUAUAUUUAGUCACAAUGACUCCCAUCUUCCCUUAGAUGACAUUCCCCUAUCACCGAGUACAGUCCAACCCGUGUCUGUGGCAACAGUAGAGAAACACCUUAAAAAGGUCCGUGGAUCAACAGCUGCCGGACCGGAUGGUGUCUCGCCUUUUCUUCUUAAAUCUUGCAGUUCUCAGAUAGCCCCUAUGUUAACGCACCUAAUCAAUAUGUCUUUCAUGGGGUCCAAGAUUCCCGACGCCUGGCGUACAGUGAGAAUCACUCCCAUCCCUAAAAAGCCUGCUAAAUCUUUUCGCCCAAUUGCCUGCUCCUCUGCAAUACUAAAGCUUGCUGAAACAGUUGCCCUAGACAUCAUAAAGCCUUUUUCUUCCAGUUUUUCCGACCCUUUACAAUUUGCAUAUAAAGCCAAACGGAGUACUUAAGAUGCUGUCGCUCUUGUGGUUCACUCUGCUCUAAAAGCAUUAGACAAGGGUUUCCGCGAGUAUGUGUGCGCUUUUCUUGAUUACUCCUCCGCCUUCAAUACCGUCCCGCGCCCUCUUCUCCUUUCCAAAACCUCCGCAUGUGGCUCUUCAGGCUGGGUCGUCUCUUGGCUGAGCGAUUAUUUUACCUUCCGCACCCAAUUUGUCCAAUCUGGCAAGCGGAAAUCUUCGACCCUUCCCAACGACUGCGGUGUUCUUCAAGGUUCCAUUCUAUCCCCUCACCUUUUCUCCCUCCACACUGAUGAUCUCAGGUCCCCUAAUGACUGUCUUCUGGUCAAGUAUGCUGACGAUGUGGUUGUUGGACACCCUCUCAAAAGUCAGACACACGUCUAGUCUCCAAAGGAUGGCCUAAACCAUGUCCUAGCGUGGUCGGAGGAAAAUGGUCUCCUAAUUAACAACCAAAAAUCCGUUCAGUGUAUUUUUCGACUGCGGCCCUCUCCUAACCCUGAUUCCUCUGACAUUCUUCCUAACGAAGUAUCCUCUUUCAGGUAUCUCGGCGUUACUUUGUCCUCAAAUCUUUCUUUUUCCCUCCAUAUUGAGUCCCUAUUUAUUAAAGUUCGUAAACUUGUUUACUACAUUCGUCGUUUGCGUUCCUACCACACACCUCAACCCUUAGUCUGGCGAUUCAUUGAUGCCUGCAUUCGUCCUCUUAUCCUAUACUGUUCUCUUGUCGUUUUUCCUGCUUUGUUAAAAAAAGGAUCUUUUAAUUUUGAAACGCAUCCUCCGCAUGCUCUCUUCUGCUGCUGGUGUUUCUUAUCUUUUUUUAGUUGACACUAUCUUACAACGACACUUCAAUGCAGUCAAGCAAUUUGCUGGUCGAAUUCUAGAUGACGUUGCCCAUCCCUUACAUUCUGAUCUUAUGUAUGCGAAAUCUUCCCGCCCGAUGCGCCGCAGCUUCCGACUUAUAUCCUGUCGCACGUCGACUUAUUGAGCUUCUGUAUUGCCAUUCCUAGCGCGCUAUCUUACGUGCGAAGAGACAGAAAUACAGAAGCUAAGACUUGAACUAUCCCCAUAAUAGUCGUUUCUUUGUGUUAAACUUUGACUCUUGAAUAAUCUAUUAACUUAUUUACUGCUCUCUCUCUCUCUCUCAUCAACUACCGUUCCUGGACGUACUGGUUAAACGGAAACCAAGUGUACACCUAAAAACAACGCUGCAUAGGAAGGUCCCCGAAACGGGCCAAAUCCUAAGCUACCACAGCAAACACCCGUCCUCUCACAAACGAAACUGUGUGCGAACACUAUACAAAAGGGCAGAAACACACUGCAGCGAGCCAGACGACAAAAGGUUAGAAUUACGCAAUCUUCAGCGCCUAUUCAUGGCGAACGGUAUCCCCGCAACUUCAUAGAACGCAGCAGGCAACCUGGUCCAAGCUGAAGUUCGGUGACAGAACGGCCAAAAAUCUGGCGGAUGUUCCUUACAUUGACGGCGUCUCUGAGGCGGUCUCACAUCUCCUAAGACCACUGGGGAUUGACACUGCCUAUCGGACAGAGUCAACAGUUCGAAAUCUGGUCAUGAGACCUAAAACUUCCCUGCCACCCAGAGAAACAACAAACGUCACUUAUCGGAUCUAA